UUCAUUAAAAAUUGCCGAUAAAAAUACGAAAAUAUAACUAAAAUACGUAUCAUUAUAACUGAAAACUCCAUUGAUAUUAACUUUUAAAUACUUAUUCGAGGUUUUUGAUCAACAUUUCUGUUUUGGGUGUUGUGUUUUGUCUAUAUUUCGGGUUUAAAACUUAUCAAGAUGUGGUGGAUUUUGCGGCGAGCGAGGCUGACCGGAGCGUCGUUCUUUAGUUCGGCGUCAUCGGCAAACAAUAACAAUAAUACUAAAACAGAGUCACGACCACCAAGAAAAAACUACAAUCAACUUUCAUCGAAUGAAAAGCUUGAUAACAGACAAACUGAAGACAUUCACAUAGAAGAAGCAGACGUUGAUUCAGAUGCCAGCAGCACAGAUCUCGACGAACGAGACACGCGCAAUGUCUGUCCUCCCUGUGCGCAUGACCGAUACAACAACAACGUACGACAUUCACAUGACGAAUUCAGUGACGAUACAGAUUAUGAUGAAGCAUUGACUUGCAAUGUUUGCGACCGAUCGUUUCCCACGCGUCGCCAGCUGAACGAUCACCAGCAAAAGAAAAGGCAUUUCGGAUGCAGCUCGUGCGACAGCCUGUUCCCGUCGCUGAUGGCGCUGGAGCACCACAAGGAGGAGUUCCAGCACUGGAGCGACUCGUGCUGCUCGCGCUCCGACAGCGAAGAGUCGGACGACUGCCGCGAUGACGCGCACCGGCUUAUAUAAUGCCGCCAUCUCAUUAUUGCCGGGGACCGACCGCAGCAUUUGGGCACCUUCGUGUAGAUAUUUGUGGGGUUUUAUAGCUUUUUCUUGAUGUAGUUCAAACAGUGUAAAUAGUGUUUUGUAGAUCGAAUAGACAGUGUUUUCGACAUCUAUGUACCUUAUUUCUGCUAUUGAUGUUUUAAAUGAUACAUUUUAAAGUAUUACAAAUAUACGACCUUAAAAUUAUUUUAGUUGAAUACCACUGGAACCUUGUCUAGAUGAUAUAUAAAGGCUAGGUUCAUUGUAGAUUAUGUUGUUCAUUUCAUAUUAUCUAUUAUUGCAUAUAGUAAUGUACUCGUAUGAAUCUUCCUUCCAAGAACUAUAAAACCCUAAAAAAUCUCCACAACCUAAUUUCCAACAGAGAAUAUAUAUCGUGAAGUUUAUAUAUUUUCUAAAUUAAAAAAAUUGAGCUAGAAAUAUGUGUUAAAAACAUAUCAAUGGUCGCCGUUGUAAGGUUACAUUUGUACGAUUCCUUGUGUCCUGGACCGAGACGUAACUCCCGGCAAUAAUGCAUAUCAUUGCGUGAAUGACUGAUAUUCAAUUGUAAAUAUUAUUCAUAAUUAUAUUUAAUCUAAUAGUGCAUUGGGGUGACUGCUAAUAUUAAAUGCAAUUUAAUAGAGUUAGAAUAUACCUCUGUUAAUUUGAUUAAACCAAAGACAAUACAAGUUAUAGAUUUGUUGCCACGCUCAAAUAUUUUAGCGUAAGGUAUUUCGACAACACGUUUUACGAAAAAAAAUCUAAAGAACUUGUAUACUUAUGAACGUGGUAUACUAUGGUUUUCUUAAUUUAGUACCUAACUUACCCCAAUGCCUAGCAGAUUUUGAAUUUAAAUAGUCCACUGAUGCAGUAGGAUUUUGAAUAGAUUUUUCUAUAUUUGGAUGUACAGUAAUGUAAAAUAAUGUAGGUAAAAAAACCUAUCAUUUGUAAAAUUUUAUCAUAUUUUAAAUAUGUACGAGUAGGUAAUGUAUACAACAUAGUUUCUGUAAACCGUUAUUUUAUUCCUAAUGAUCAUCUUCAGUAGGUACCUCUCUUCCUAGUCUCUCUCUUCCAAAGAAUUUUGAUGGUUUUAUUUAUCAGGACUGUGUAAAUGACUAUCGAAUUAGGCCUGGAUAUAGUCUGUCUAGUUAAAAUUAAAAUGAAUAGUAUUAUUUAUUUUAGAUAUACUAAUUUAAAAAAAUUCUGUUCUAAAAAUUAUACGUACGGGCUUUGUACUGGGCGAUUUUGUAAAUAGUUCUAGAAAUUAUCAAUGUAUUGGGAGAAACAGUAUUCUAGUCAUAGUUUGAAUGUAUCUUUGUAUAAAUAAAUUGACCACAUCUGUG